UACGCUCGGCAAUUACUCCUCGCUGCCAAAUUUUUUCCCAUCUUCUUCCCCUUUCUCCCAUUCCUUCACUUCUCCAUUUCCUGCUCUGAAAAACUCUCUCUCUCUUUCCUCUUUAUAUAGUCUGUUCUUCUUCUGAUCUUCUUCUCUAUCCCAAUGCUCGUACCUAGAUUCCCAAAGCUCUUAUAACCUAAACCACGUUUGUAACCCCAAACGGUGGUUUCCCUGCAGCAAGUUAACCUCAAAACAGAUCUGACCCCUUCUCUUUCGGCCCCUUCUUUUCUAGGGUUCUAAAUGUUCUUUCAGUGGGCUGAAGAAAAAGAAAGGAAAACGACGUUGGUAUGAAAGAGAUAUAGAAACUAAGAAGGCAGUGUGAAUUGGCUACUCCGAGAUCUUCGUGGGCGUUACGUAUUUUUCAUUCGGUUUAUUACUGUGAUUUUGAUCUCUGUCAAAAGCCGUAUAAGAUUUGUCAACCCUAUCUUUCUUGACCACUGCCAGAGAAUCUAGGAAAGAGAUAUACGCGCCCUUCAAACACCUCUGAAAGGAGCCCCAAAAAAUUACGGUCCACACAUAUAUAUCCCAAGUGUGUAACAGCUAUAUAUUUAUAUACACUUAGUCAGGCCGGCUUCUUGGUUGUAAAAUAUGCCUGCCGGGAUUAUGGUUCCUGCGAGAAACAUGCCGUCCAUGAUUGGGAGGAACGGGACUGUCGGUGGUUUUGGAUCAUCCUCAGGGCUUACCCUUAGUCAGAUUGAAAACCCAUAAGCCUUCGGAAUCUUAAAGAUCUGUAGAUAUGUUCCAGCCUAACAUGAUGGAAGGUCAGCUCCACCAACUAGACAUGACUCAAAACACAUCCGAGAGCGAGAUUGCCCGCAUCCGAGAUGACGACUUCGACAGUGGCACUAAAUCAGGCAGCGAAAAUCAAGAAGGUGCCUCCGGUGACGACCAAGAUCCACGACCAAAGAAGAAACGCUACCACCGCCACACUCAGCACCAGAUCCAGGAAAUGGAAGCUUUCUUCAAGGAGUGUCCACACCCAGAUGACAAGCAAAGGAAAGAACUGAGCCGUGAAUUAGGGCUAGAGCCUUUGCAAGUCAAAUUUUGGUUCCAAAACAAGCGCACCCAAAUGAAGACUCAACAUGAGCGCCAUGAAAACACACAACUUAGGACCGAAAAUGAAAAGCUUCGGGCUGAUAACAUGAGGUAUAGAGACGCUCUAAGCAAUGCCUCCUGUCCCAAUUGCGGUGGUCCGACUGCAAUAGGAGAGAUGUCCUUUGAUGAGCAUCAUUUGAGACUCGAAAAUGCCCGAUUAAGAGAAGAGAUUGAUAGGAUUUCAGCAAUCGCAGCAAAGUAUGUUGGCAAGCCUGUUGUGAACUACCCUCUUCUUUCUCCUCCAGCUCCUCCCCGUCCACUUGAACUCGGAGUAGGGACUUUCGGGGGGCAGCCAGCGGGCAUUGGAGGAGAGAUGUAUGGUGCAGGAGACCUUCUUAGGUCAAUCAGUGCACCAACUGAAGCCGACAAACCUAUGAUAAUUGAGCUUGCGGUUGCAGCUAUGGAGGAACUAGUCAGAAUGGCACAAAUGGGGGAGCCCUUAUGGAUGACAAACCUUGAUGGCACCUCUACACUGCAUGAAGAAGAAUAUAUUAGAACAUUUCCUCGGGGAAUUGGACCAAGACCCACUAGCUUCAAAUGCGAAGCUUCACGAGAAACUGCUGUUGUUAUAAUGAACCACAUCAACCUUAUUGAGAUUCUAAUGGAUGUGAAUCAGUGGUCUACAGUGUUUUCUGGGAUUGUCUCAAGAGCUUUGACUCUGGAAGUACUAUCAACUGGAGUAGCAGGGAAUUAUAAUGGAGCACUGCAAGUGAUGACAGCAGAAUUCCAAGUUCCUUCACCCCUGGUUCCAACUCGUGAGAGUUAUUAUGUAAGGUACUGUAAACAGCAUGCCGAUGGGACUUGGGCAGUGGUUGAUGUUUCCUUGGACGAUUUGCGCCCCAGCCCUGCAGUGAGAUGCAGAAGAAGGCCUUCCGGUUGUUUAAUUCAAGAAAUGCCCAAUGGAUACUCGAAGGUUACAUGGGUUGAGCAUGUAGAAGUUGAUGAUAGAGGUGUGCACAAUCUAUAUAAGCAGCUUGUUAGCUCAGGUCAUGCAUUUGGUGCAAAACGUUGGGUGGCCACCCUAGAUCGCCAAUGUGAACGCCUUGCAAGCGCCAUGGCCUCGAACAUUCCUGCUGGUGAUGUUGGGGUCAUAACAAAUCAAGAAGGGAGAAAGAGUAUGCUGAAACUGGCUGAGAGAAUGGUCAUAAGCUUUUGUGCCGGAGUGAGUGCCUCUACUACACACACAUGGACAACGCUGUCUGGAACCGGGGCAGAUGAUGUUAGGGUAAUGACCCGAAAGAGCAUAGAUGAUCCAGGCAGGCCUCCAGGCAUUGUUCUUAGCGCCGCUACUUCCUUCUGGCUUCCUGUUCCACCAAAGAGAGUUUUUGAUUUUCUGCGUGAUGAAAACUCUCGAAGCGAGUGGGAUAUUCUUUCGAAUGGUGGCGUUGUUCAAGAAAUGGCACAUAUUGCUAAUGGGCGGGAUACAGGCAACAGCGUGUCUCUACUUCGAGUGAAUAGUGCGAAUUCAAGCCAGAGCAACAUGUUGAUAUUACAAGAGAGUUGCACUGAUCCAACAGCCUCUUUCGUGAUCUAUGCUCCGGUUGACAUUGUUGCAAUGAAUCUCGUACUAAACGGUGGGGACCCAGACUACGUGGCCCUUCUUCCCUCAGGAUUUGCUAUUCUCCCUGAUGGAACCUCAAGUACCCUUGGAGCUGGAUGCAUUGGAGAAGCUGGGUCUGGCGGCUCUCUCCUUACUGUUGCUUUUCAGAUUUUGGUUGAUUCAGUUCCCACAGCAAAACUUUCUCUUGGGUCAGUUGCAACUGUUAACAAUCUCAUUGCUUGCACCGUCGAGAGGAUUAAGGCUUCUUUGUCAUGCGAGAACGCGUAAUCUGUUCUUCAAACCUUGAGUUCAUGCAGUAAUUAAAAGGAGGAAAAAGCUAGCAAGGAAAUUAAGAUCAGAAACAAAGGUUGCGAGGAAUUUCCGCUUAUGUAUGAUCGAGAUCAUGGGAGAGAAGUCAAGAGCGCACCUUAAAAGAUCCUUUCUAAGCAGUACACAAAAGUGUUCAAGGAUUAGGGGUUCGGGUAUUGACUUCCUCGAACGAUUUAAAAAAUCAAAGAGCUCUUGUUAAAUGUUAAUUAUUAUAGGGGCGGACUGAUCCCUUUCAUUUUUCUUAACUUUGUAGUCAUCAGGAGGGUUAGGGUUUUGGAUCUGUGAAGCUGAACUAGUACGGACGUACGUACGCCUGUCUUCUUUUACCAUCAGCUUGUUUGCUGUUUAUUUCUGUGUUUUGUUUUCCCUGCUAGCGAACAAUGAUUUCUUUUUUCACCAUUUUAAGAGCUCUUGAAAUGGAUAUCUGGUUUUUUAUAGUCUAA